GAGUUCCGAGUGCCGGUCUGCCGAUAGUGCCGAUAGUUUCUGUUUAGUGUUUACCAUUAUUAGCAUGGGAUUUGCAAUUACUACUUUGUGAAUUUCCACCUGUUACUAGUUUUUAGAUAAAAAAAAUCUGUGUAUUCAAUUGCCGAUGCAGUUAACUCAAUUUAAUGCUGACCGACUAAUACAAUUAGUAGGGUCUUAAAUCCAAUGUCCAUUAACUCUAAAAAUGAAGACGAUACUUUUAGCAUCUCUACUCGGUCAUAAUUUAAUAAGACACUAUCAUGGGAUUCCCUUUUACGACUUUUAUCAAUACACUACCGGUGAAUCAUUGUCCCAGUACAUGAUGAACAAACUAAGGACGAAAAAUCCUACAUUAGAUGCACUAAGUCGAGAGCAACUGCACUGCUCUCUUCAAAUACUAAAAAAGUUUGGAGUAGACCCCCUAGACGCCUGUGCGAAUCCACAUUUGUUCUGUAUGAAUCCAAUAUCAUUAGAUAACUAUGGCGAAAUACUGAAGGAAUGUAGGUUUGCAUAUAUUGCACCAAAACAUCUAAUAAGAUAUCACACACUAGUCAGAUCCCGGACAAUAGCACAUCACAAAAAAGAGGGAUUAAUUAGGGAUGAUACACAAUUAGAGGAAGUUUUGCUAAAUUGUUUCCAAGAAUGGCCAUCUACUCAGAAGAAAACACAUGGAUUUGAUGAUUCUACUACAUCUAUUUUGACUGUUAGAUUGAGUGUCUUGGAAAGCUAUCUCACCUGGAAGCUGUCUAUAACACCAGAGGAGUUCAAGAAAUAUUGCAGAAACUAUUUGCCCUUAAAACACAAGCCAAUGAACGAUAUACAAGAAGCAUUACACAUAGCAGAGAAGGAAAUCAAUUUUGACCUCCAAACAAUAAGAAGAAAUGGUUUUGUCAUAUCAGCAGACCCUAUAAACACAAAACUGAUUUUAGAAAAUGUUACAUCUUUGGCUGGCCUUGAUAUCCGGGAAGCACUCCGCAUAGAGCCUGCAAUUCUAAAGAAUAAUUACAAUGCUCUGUUGGAAAUAAGAGAUAUUCUAGAAGAAUUCAGAAUAGGACAAGAGGCACAGCAAAGAUGUUUGAAAGUGUUCUGCAUGCGCCCGGCAACAGUGCGCGAGAGACUGGACGAAUUACAAAACCAAAAGGAAUACAAUAUAUUAUCCACCAACCCAAGAGUACUAUCGAUGGUGAUACACAAACGAAAAAUGAUGAGCCGACUUAGCAAAAUACAAGCAGCUAAAAAACAAUGUUUUAGCCUUAACCAUCUGGUUUCCUCUAGCAAAGUAUUCAAUGAGUACAUUAGCAGCUUUGGAAACAAGGUAUGCGGCCGAGACAUCGCAGUACUUAUAGUGUCAUCCCUAACUGGGAGCAAUAGCAUGUCCCAAAGGUCGACAGAGACGCUAAAGUUUGUUUUAAGUCAAUUAAGAAGACACAAGUUCUGGCUGCAUGCUGCUUUAAAUAUUGUCGAUGAAAAUAUUAAGUUUCUGCAACGGCGAUUCCAAAACAAAUACAUAAUUAAUAACUGUCAGCUGUUGUUAUAUCCUGUAUUGGAAAUCCAACAAUACGUCGAAUUGCUUCUCGCCUUGCGCAGUGGCGCAUCUCCCAAAGGCUCGGUGAAGCUGGACGGGUUCUACAACAACCUUCAGUGCGGCGAGCUCACCGACGACCAAAUCCUCAGCCUCGCACUCUACGAGAUCGAGAAGAAGUACCACUUCAGCGGAGACGGUAUCUGGGCUCGACAAGAUGGCGUCAAGAUUGAGAGCGCCUCCGCCAGCUGACCUUUGCCCGUACUACAUCCUCACAAUAAUGGCAUACAGACUCCAACGUGAAGCGAAGUAUUCUUCAAAGGAUGUUCAAGUUUUCGGCGCGGAAAAAAUUUAAUAGUACCUACCUAUAUUUCACAUAUCUACCUACAACACGUGAUACCUAAUCACUCUCUCAGCAAUAGGUACAUAUAAGAACUUAAAAAGUUAUUCGAAGGCGCUUACUUUUACUACCUACCUGUAAUUCGCAGGAAUUUGGAUCCAAGAAAAUGAUAAAACCACUCACAUGUCUGGUAGCAGGCGCGU